UGUGUGUUGGAGUGUCCUGGCUGGGUGUCCAGCUCGUCCUGGUAAUGCUGAGACAGACAGUGAGCGGGUGGGUUUAUUUUUGGGUCAGUGACAGUGUGUCAAUGGCCGCAGAUGCGUCGGACAGGAAGGCUCUGAGAUACAAGCAGACCCUGCUCUAUGGGGAGUACCAAGAGAACCAGGGAGGCUCCGGGAGACGGGAGGCAACACGCCUGCUGACUGAGAGGCAGAUCAAGAAACAUGGAAACCACCCCCGCAGCCACAGCAGGACGCGCCAUGGCCGACGUAGCCACGGCCAGAACGGAUACCACAGCCGACAUCAGCUGGGCUAUUAUAGCAGGCAGAGGAGGCGCCAGUCCGCCAUGGAGGCCGAGGGCGAAGAGCAGGAUCAAGCUGCCGAGCCCGACCUCUCGUCCUCCACCAAGAAGAAACGCUCCUACUCCAAGUGCAGAGACUGCAUAGCACGGGUGCAGCGAUUCCUGGUGACCCUUGGGGAAGAUUGGAUCUUCCUCAUUAUGCUGGGCAUCACAAUGGCGCUGGUCAGCUGGACAAUGGACUAUGCGAGUGCUAAAAGCCUGCAAGCCUAUAAAUGGAUUUAUGGGGAGCUGAAGGGGAAAAUCGCCUUGCAGUACCUGUGCUGGGUCUCAUAUCCCCUGAUCUUCAUCCUGUUCUCCUCCCUCUUCUGUCACCUGGUCGCUCCUCAAGCUAUCGGUUCGGGUAUCCCAGAGCUGAAGACCAUCCUGAGAGGAGUGGUGCUGAAGGAAUAUCUAACUCUCAAAGCCUUCGUUGCUAAAGUCAUCGGUCUGACAGCGGCCCUGGGCAGCGGGAUGCCUGUAGGCAAAGAGGGCCCGUUCGUCCACAUCGCCAGUAUCUGUGCUGCCGUUCUCAGCAGGUUCAUGUCCUUCUUUUCAGGAGCGUAUCAGAACCCAUACUCGUACACAGACAUCUUGACAGUGGGCUGUGCUGUCGGGGUGGGCUGCUGCUUUGGGACUCCACUUGGAGGUGUGCUCUUCAGUAUCGAAGUAACUUCCACAUACUUUGCUGUGAGAAACUACUGGAGAGGAUACUUCGCUGCUACAUUUAGUGCCUUCAUAUUCAGAGUGUUAUCCGUGUUCAACAAAGAUGCAGUCACCAUCACUGCUCUGUUCCGGACAAACUUCCGCAUGGAUUUCCCUUUUGACCUGCAGGAGCUGCCUGCCUUCGCCAUCAUCGGGAUCUCCUGUGGGUUCCUGGGGGCGUUCUUCGUCUAUCUCAACAGACAGGUGGUGCUGUUCAUGAGACGCCCCAACGCCAUGACCCGCUUCCUCACCAAACACCGGCUGAUUUUCCCUGCUGUGGUUACGCUGGUCAUCGCCACCCUGACCUUCCCACCUGGGUUUGGACAGUUCAUGGCAGGAGAGCUGAUGCCAAGAGAGUGUAUCAACUCCCUGUUUGACAACUUUACGUGGACAAAGAUUUCAGGGUCUCCUCCGGUGGGUCUGGGCCGCUCCGCCGCCUGGCUGCACCCUGACGUCAGCGUCUUCGUCAUCCUGCUGCUCUUCCUAUUCAUGAAGUUCUGGAUGUCUGCUGUGGCCACCACCAUGCCCAUUCCAUCUGGGGCUUUCAUGCCUGUCUUCAUACUGGGAGCUGCGUUCGGCAGGCUGGUGGGAGAGAUCAUGGCCACGCUGUUUCCUCAUGGGAUCGUGUUCGAUGGCAUCCUGUACCGCAUCAUCCCAGGAGGGUACGCAGUCAUUGGAGCGGCAGCUUUGACCGGGGCUGUGACUCACACGGUGUCCACGGCGGUGAUCUGCUUUGAGCUGACGGGUCAGAUCUCCCACAUCCUGCCCAUGAUGGUGGCAGUAAUCCUGGCCAACAUGGUGGCCCAGGGCCUGCAGCCCUCCCUGUACGACUCCAUCAUCCAGGUCAAGAAGCUGCCGUACCUGCCAGAGCUCGGCUUCGGACACAUGAGCCAGUACAACAUCAUUGUAGAAGACAUCAUGGUGAGAAGGGUGAAGUUUAUUUCCUCUCAGUCCUCAUACAGAGAAGUCAAACACCUGCUGGACUCCUCCUCCAUCAACUCAAUCCCACUGGUUGACUCGAAAGACUCUAUGAUCCUAUUGGGCAGCAUUGACAGGUUGGAGCUCCUCGCUCUCUGUGAUUGGUGGUUGUCACCAGAGAGAAGACUCCUGAUGCAGGGUCAGAGCUUGCAGGAGCAGAACCAGACUCAGAAGCACAGCUGGGAGUCCUUCGCCUAUGUAGACGAGGAGGAAGAGGAGGACGGAGAGAAGGGCAGCCCGGUGCAGGAGGAGAGGAACGGCCCCCUGCCUCCCCCCAAGCCUCAGGAGCCGUCCUCCAACCACACUGCUCCUGCCCCUGAGAAAGGUCCUCUCCAGUCUGUGAGGAAAACACUCAGGAACCUCUUCACCUCUAAGAGCACACCGGCAGAGGGACAGUCACAGGAGCCCUGUCCUCCUCCUCUGUCAGACCCUAUGACACCAGACGAGGUAUCUGCGUGGGAAGAGGAGGAGAUGGACAAGCCGAUGGAAAUCGAUGAGAUACGAAUAGACCCCUCCCCCUUCCAGCUGGUCGAGAGAACAUCCUUACACAAGACCCACACCCUGUUCUCUCUGCUGGGGCUCAGUCAUGCGUAUGUGACCAGUAUUGGCAAACUGGUGGGAGUGGUGGCACUUAAAGAGCUCCAGAAGGCCAUCGAGGGCUCUACCCGCUCUGGCGUCCGGCUCCGUCCUCCACUCGCCAGCUUCCGCAAACACAACUCUGUCCCUAAACCUCCACCUUCUUCUACUCCCUCCUCUCCGACCUCCACCACCUCUCCCUCAGCUCUCCCUGCUCCCCAGCCUCUACUCCUGCCUCCCGCUCACCAUCAUCUCCACAUCCACGAGACUGAGACGGAGGUGUGGAUCGAGGGCGUGACCCUAGAGGUGGAGGGGAGCAGCAGCUACACCACGGGGAGCGGUGCUGUCAGCGGCAGUCCCGGGGCCUGCAGCUCUCCCAGAACCAGUUGCAGUGACAACAGCAACAUCACCCUCCCUCCAUCCGCCACUCCUCCCCCCGUCCCUCCUCCCUCCACCCCUCCUCCUUCUCCUCCCUCCACCCUGACGCCCUUACAGAGACUGCUUGAGGGGGAUGAAGACAGUGAUGAUGAGCCGAUGGUGUAGAGUAGAUGAGUGAUGGUUAUGUUUUUUUAUAAUGGAAAACUUUUUUAAUGGUCUGAGUUUUUUUUCUGUUUCUUAACUUGUUGCUCUGGUCUUUGGACACUCAUUUACCUCUUUUUGGCGCUGUUUAUCUAGAGUAAAGAUUUCAGGCAUCAUUUCUUAAUUUUUGAAGACAGUUUAUCCCUUCCUACCGAAAACCCCUCCCACCCCGACCUCCUUCACCUAUCCUCGAUAAGCUAUGUGUGUGUUUCUAUGAAUACUCAACCUGCCUCACUACAUACGUUCUCAAGAGUUGAAUCAGUUUGAGUUUAUACACCCUGGACUGUAGUUGAUGUCAUUGCUUUUUCUCCAUAAUUAUGGCAAAGAACUUAUAGUUUUAUCCAAGAUCAUUUUCUUAUCCAAACAAAGCCCACAAUUGAAUAUUAGAUCUUUUAAUUCUAUUUGAAAUCAUUAUGAAGUCACUUUUCAGAGGACUAAAUGAAUACACUUCCAUAAGUUGCAUUUAGAUGGAUCAGACUCUUUGCUAUACCAAAGUGCUCUCCAUUACAACAUUUUCUGCAUCUUUUAUUUUUUAUAAACAUAAUAUAGUCUUUUAAAGAGUAAUCCAAACCUGUGCACACAAGAAGUGAAUACUAGCUCUGUGUAACCUGUGUCUUUUAAAACGUUUUUUAUCGGAUAAAGCAGGAGCUAUUGAUUUUUUUUUUUUUUUUUAACUGGCAGCAGACCAUGUGUAUAGCAGCAGAUUUAAGAAGCUGUGCAGACUGUGUGGAGGAUUGUCCAACGCCCCAAAACGACCUCCAAAUUGUGUGCUGACCUUGUGGCUGCGGCCUCAGAGCUCAUCUCAUCACAGUUAGCUUGAUGGAUGCUGCAGCUAAAGGUGAUGGGGGACAAACUGCUGAAUGCUGUAGGUCCAAGAGAUAAUUUCCCCCCAAAGAAACCUUCCAGAUGUUGUUAAAAUAAGGUGACUAUUCUUUAUGAUUUCGGAUUAUGAUUAUGAUAUAUAUAAUGUUGCACAAAGAAAUUCAGACAAAUAGACAGUAGCGUUCAAUUCCUAGAUGAAAUCCAUCUUGCUAACAACAAAGUGACAUUCAUUACAGUGACGGACAGCUGACAUUAACACGUUUAAUGAAGAUGAAGAUGUAUGUUGACAUAGAGAUAUUUACCAAUUACUACAUUAAUUAGCUUAAUGAAUUCCCUCAUUAGCAAUAGUGUUAAAUAUAGGACUGCCAGUGUGAUUAUGAACCUGAUCAACUAACCAGAGAAAUACAAUUAGCUAUCUGAACAUUAGAGCACCAAUGAAGUGGCAUGCUGUCCCUUUGCUGUUAUUUUAUACAGUAAAAUAACAGCAAAUAAAGUGCUAUUAUACAUGAGUGAAGCAUGGGACUCAACCAUACAUACAUCAAACUUACAUCAAACCCCAUGGAAUACCAGUUUGGUACCAAUGGAAAAACAAACCAAUUAACCAAAGAGGCUGAAGCUGCGCAGAGGUUUAGAGCUGGGGGUUAUUUCCUGUUGAGGUCAGCAUAAGUUUGCAGUCUUUAGAUUAGAUGUUGAUGUAUAAACAGUCACAUAAAGUAAGUUGAACUAAAAAAAAUCUCAAAAUGACUCCCUAAACUACCCUAUUGCCUCUUAGUUGAAUUCUGAAAGAUGAAGCUUUCUUUUUCUUAACUCCUUCAAAAUGAAAUCUUGAUGAUGAGUUUAAAUUCUUCGCUUUCUCAAACUCAGUUAAGGCUCAUAAUACUGUUCCUAAAAAAACGAAUUUGAUCUGAAGUGACUACCUUGCCAAUUCUAUUUUUGAACGUUUCUCCUUGUGAAGCACCUUUUUUUAUGUAUCCCUCCAUAUCUACUGUAUAUCUCCUUAUUAUCUCCUGGAUUCAAAUGCUCAGGUACUGCCUCAAACGUCUUUAAAACUUGCAGAUUCAACAAAAAGCUUUUUCAUGAUGUGUGUGUGAAUUAAAAUGUGUGUGUCCAUUUCUUAAGAGAGCUCUGUACCGGUCUGAUGUCUUCUGUCUGUCUGUGGUGGUUAAUAUAUUUUUAAACUCAAAUGCUAUCUUAAAUGUGUAAAACUGUGAAAGAUGUAGCGAAAUAAAGUUUUAUUUAGCCUUUUUUUUGGCAUUUUUCA